AUGAAAGACGAUGGUGCACUUGCAAGUGAGAACGAGGUCGUGCAGGCAACAGCAGACGGUGUAGCCACUUGUCGGAAGGCCCUCAGCGUGAAGGAACGUGAUCCCGUCACUGAGUGGCCACUAGAGCUCGGAACGGUCGACUCGCUGGUCGAAUACAACGCCAAUAUCGGAUGUUACCAGUGUUUCCUCUUUCCGACCGAUAGCAGUCGAGGUGGCUACAAAUCGACAACGGUCUGGACGGCCGAGCAUUUGAGUGUUCGAGUGGCAUUUCCACACGUACAACUCAGGUACAGCGAUCAUAGUGUGGACGCGGUCGUUUGGCAAACGGAUAUCGAGCGACACGUGGAUGUCACGCUGUGCAGUGUCGAGGAGAAGGGCGAUCACUGGUACCUGAGACUUCCCAUUCGGUUGAGUGACCGACAGCCGCUAGGCGGCUUCUCGUCGUUUACGAUGGUGUCUCCUCUCGAGUUACAACUGGAGAGCUACGGAUCCGUGUGCUGUCGAACGUGCAAUGCUCUGCUGUUGGACGGUGCGAAGAGUGGCAAGCUGGACAAGGUGCUGCCACUUCCGUCAGCGAAUUGGAUGGACAUGUUUGACUUUUGGGGCGCUGGGAUCGGAGCGUUUGAGCACAUUCCGCGCGACGAUAUCCAAGCACAGCGCCGUCGGGUUCUCGUUGGGGAGUCGUAUCUGUUGCUGCACACUGGCGACUUGACGGCUGGCGCGGCGGUGGCAGAUCGUCAGGGCGAGGCGGCUGUUGCACCUGGCGACGAUGCAAACGAGGAGCGCGAGUGGGUUCCGCUAACUUGUGCUGCAUGCGCUGAGCGCAUUGGGCUGUGCAGUGUGGAGCAGCCUGAGACCGUCCGUUUGCACAAGCACGUCCUUGUUGCUCGUCGAUUGUCAAGAAGAGGCCGUGCGAAAGAGGACCGGGUGGAGCUACUAGGGGACCAGGAGGAAGUCGAUGUCUUUGGCAAGUACACGAUCGACAGCAUUGUGAGCGCCAAGUUGUUGGAAAUGGCCGACUCGGAUGGAGUGUUCCGGUUUGUCUUGACACCGUCACACGACACGCGCAAUUACGACCUGUCGUGUGGAACGCAAAGCGACACUAGCGAUGCCAUCUUGCAACUACAGCUGCUGAGCUGGGAGACGAUGAUCAAGCAGCAGGGUACGAAGACCUUUCGACGCGUCCUGAAGGUGCUAUACGGUCGCCCUCCACCAACGUCAACAGGUCGUCGUGGGUUGUUGCCUUCGCACACCGUCUCCCUGCCGCGAGCCAUGUGCCUCACGAUUGCCGAUCGCUUGCACACGAGCUCGAAAGUGCUGCCGUCGUCACUACGGACGUUCAACCGCAUGCACGUCGGCUAUCUGUACAACUAA